UGACAGACAGGUGGACGCUGUCAAACCUGUCCGACCACUUUUGCUUCGACUGCCUUUUGGUUCAUCGCUACCAAAGAUAACAUCUACUGUAAGAAGUGUGGGAUUAAAUAUUGGGUCUGGCGGUAAGGGUCUCCAAAGGUAGCGACACAGCCUGGAGAAUAACCUACAACAGUCGUCGACCUCCUUUACUAGACCGCAAAGCUGUGAUCGAAGACCCCGAGUUUGUGUAUAGUCCCUCCAGGGAGACUUCAGCAAGCCUGAGGAGCGACCAUGGACUUAACCUCGCCAUCUACCGCAGGCACAACUCCAGGAACUACCGGCGAGACCGAAGUACCAACAAUUUCCUGGAUGUUGCCAUUUUUCCUCUUCCUUAUGCCAUGGAUAAUCCUGGUUGUUGGCUGUUUUUUCUGUGCAGAACAAUGCAAGCCUGUGCGAGAGAAAAUAGGACUGGAAAGAAAGUAUCGUGAAAUAAUGAUGAAGAAGAAGACCAAAAUUGAAAACACGGCAGUGAGCUUUAAAGCUUCUAGUGCUAGGAUGUCUACACACCCUAAAGUAUUCUCCACCAUGAGUCCAGACCGUCAGGCCAUGCUAAGGACAUACAGGAAUACAAUCAUCGACAACAUGAAGUCCCCGACCACAGUGGCGUCUUACCUGGCCCAGGAAGGUGUUAUUCCUGAAACCAUGCUUGACACAAUGGAAAGCCAGCCGACACCAGAGGACAAGUCUAAGAAGCUGUUGGACGCCCUGCCCUCGUACCAGGACGAGUCAUACGGCUGCCUGUGUGCGAGUCUCAGAGAACAGGAGCAGCUCCACUGGCUGGCGGACACAUUGGAAGGAGAGGGACUGUCAGUCGACAAGAAGAGGCGGAUAGCCAGCCAUAGACACCUGCUGGUGAACAAGAUGAAUCCUGACGUCAUCGUCGCCCAUUUAUCUCACAAUAAAGUUUUCACCAGACACAUGGCGAACUGCUGCCUCAGUGCGAAGUCACGAGAAGACAAGAACAAGCGGAUUCUUCACCUGCUGCCCUCCCGGAGUGAUCGAGACUUCGGUGUUUUCUGUACUGCCCUGAGGACAGACGACCAGUCGGCCUACCUUGCAGACCUUCUGGAGGGCGAGGGUGUCGACCUGAACACGAGGAUCAUGGACGAGGAAACUGCCAUAGUGAAGAGUAACGUACAGAUGCAGAGAACCCUGAGGGCCAACGACACUGCUGGUUCAGUUGGAGAAGGGAUGAACUCGGGCAUAGAGCUGAGUCCGAACGUGAAAGUAGACGAGUCACAGGAGAUGAGCUCUGUGGGACAGACGGGAGGACUCAUGUCCGCGGUGUCGUCUGCCGUGGUGCCAAUCAACAUGCCUGUCAUCUUGGAAGUGAGCGGAGAAGUUGACGGUGCACAGUGGUUUUAUAACGGAGAGAGCCUCACCAAGCGCCCCGGGUUCCGGUCGACGUCAGACGGCUUCCUACACGAGCUGCACAUCGAUCAGAUGACCCCUGACCUGGACGGCGCCUACACCUGUCAGGGACGUGCACCUGACGGCGGGACCGUGUCGUGCGAGAUCUCAGUCACAACAGUAAAGUAGGGCUUGAAGAGUCAGGAAAUGAUUUGGAGAAUAGAGGUCAGGACUGAGUAACGCCGUUAUAGUAAUUCUAGAGUGAUACUCCAUAGGGCGAUGUAAGUUUAGGUAAUUAUGCUGCUACUAAUCAGGAGAUCUUCAAUUUUAAAGAAUGAUCAAAUCUAGUAUAGAGUAUCUGUAUCUAUAUCAUAUUGAUAUAUUAGAUGUUGUACAUGAUAUAGAUUCUAAGAUAUACAGUAUAAUGCAAGUGUAAUAGUACAACUUUACAAAAGACUACCCGAAGACUACGACGGAUUUCGCAGACUAUCCCAGUAACAUAUAGUGAAUAAGAUACUUUUUUCACAACCCUUCUUUAUUUACACUAGACCAACGUUUCGGUGACGUCAUAGUCUACCUGUUCCUAAACCCUAUAAUCAAGAUGCAACAAUUCGUCACCAAUGAUUAAACUAUGACAUGUGUCUCUAUUAUAUUUGCGUAUCAUUUAUACUGACAUGAACACGCGGUUACCAUUUAAUCGCGUCAAUAAAGUUUUAUUUGGUUUGGUCCUGAGUCUGUCAGUGUGAGUUCGAAGUCGAUAGGCUUUUAUUUUAUCCAACGUGCCCUGAUUCUUAUUUUCCGAGUCGACCUAUUGGUGGACACAUUUAAGUCGUGGCUGUCGUCGAGUACGGUAGAUGUCAGUUUGAUUUUUUUUGUUAGCUUUCAACAUGUUUUUGCAUUAAUGCUUGUUAAUCUGAUUGAUAGAGCAAAAUGACGUUCAGUAUGUCGUUAUGAACUUAGUAAAUACAUACGUUUGCUGUCUGCAGAGUUUUGAGUUCGAUACGUUCUGCAGAGAAUUAUCUUCUAACAGUAGAGUUAGUGCAUUUUGCUUGCAAGUUUAUCGGUUUCUAGAAUGUAUGC